AUGGCUGAUGAGUUUGAAGCUGCAACUGAUGAGUUCGUGCGCUGGCUAGAGAGCUCUGAGGCAGAAUUGUCGCCGAAGAUCAAGUUGGUUGAUCAUCGUAGUAAAGGUGAGAACCGCUGUGUUGUUGCCUCGGAGGAUAUCGCAGAGGGCGAAGUGCUUUUCAGCUUGCCAAGGACAUUUCUUCUUAAUGUGAAGACCAGUGCGCUGGUUAAGGACUACCCUGCAGUUGAAGAGACGUUGCUAAACGGCUUUGGUCAUUGGGAAGGACUGGUUACUUGCCUGUACUACGAAUACCAUGUGUUGAAGGAAAAGUCCCGGUGGUGGCCGUACUUGAAAGUACUUCCAAGUGCUAGCCAACUUGACAAUCUAAUGUACUGGACCGAUGAGCAGCUGUCCCAUUUGCAGCCUUCGUUAAUAGUCUCACGUAUUGGUAAGGACAAUGCUCGCCAGAUGUUCGAGCGUGUGAAGAAAUAUGUUACCGAAGGGAACAUCAAGGAAAUUCAACAGAUGACGUGGGAAGAGUUUGUCCAUAUUGCUUCUGUUAUAAUGGCAUAUUCUUUUGAUUGUGAGCUCCCUGAAGAGGACAAUGCUGAAGAAGAUGAGGAGGAAGAGGAUGAAGAUGAAGCUCGCUACAUUAAAUGUAUGGUGGCCUUGGCCGACAUGCUAAAUUCUGAUACACACCUAGUGAAUGCUAACUUGACCUAUGACGAUGAUAUGUUGCGGAUGGUGGCUAUAAAGGAUAUCCCAAAGGGUGAACAAGUUUAUAAUAUAUACGGUCCUUUUUCCAAUGCUGAAAUCCUUAGACGUUACGGCUACGUUGAAAUGAGCGGUUCAAAGUAUGAUUAUGGAGAGAUUAAACUCGAGGGUAUAGUUGCUGCAAUUUCCAACCGCACUGGUGCCGAGGUUGCUGUUCUAGAGAAAGUACUGGAAAUAUUAUCGAGUGACGAAGAAUGGGUUUCAGAACUAUUCGAAGAUGAAGACGUCAUUUUACCAAUCUACGACUGCUAUGUGGAUGGGCACGUCCUCCCUCAAUGCACCUUUGUUCUGCAACUGCUGGUUACAUUGAGUCAAGUUUUGAAAAAAACUACUACUCAAGAUGAAUUGGUGGUGCAAGUCAGAAAGACAGCGAAGAAGGUUCUUCAACUAUUGGAAGGGGGGCGUGUAACACAACAGGCCGUUGAAAUCUGGAAAAUUAUAAUAGAAAAUAGGCUUAAAGAUUAUCCUGCGCGUCCUCCCAAAGUUGAUACCAAUGUCAUUACAGAUGGUAAUGCCGGUGUCGACCAACGCAGAAAAGAAAUGGCCAAUUGUAUCCUAAACUCAGAAAUUGAAUCCUUGGAGGCCUGUAAAAACUCCUUAGAAAACUCCUACACUGUAAUUGAGGACGAGAAGCUGCUUCGAAAUGUUAUGAAGAGGAAACUCGACGGUCCAGAUGCCAUAUCAGCUAAAACUCAAAAAAAGAGGAAAUAG